AAGAAAGAAGAAGAAGAAAGGGCGGAAGUUGACGUCACGACUGUUGUUUUUUUUUCCCGACAAAACGCCACGGUGAAAUCGCGAACAAAUAUAACAACAACGCGAAAAUGUUGAAAGAUUUGGUGAGGGAGCGCCUAAUCGCGGCCGCGGACGAAAUCUUCGAAAUGUUUGCGCAAACCAUCGCGUCGUACGAGGAGCAACUUUGUCGCGCGCGAGACGAGAGCGAGCGACACCGACGACGACUGCGAGAUGUUUGCGACACUCAAACGGUCAAGCACCGCCAAGACGUCCAGCAGCUGAUUGUUCAUCGAGAAGAACCCCCCCCGCAGUUGCAGUGCUGGAGCUCCGUUUUGGAGGAGCCGCAGCCCCCCCGCGCCGAAGAGGAGGAUCCACGGCCGCCCUACGCCGACCAGGACGAGUUACCGUCGUCCUUCGUCAAAGAGGAAGAGGAGGAGGCUGACGUCAGCGGGUUGCCGCUGACCGUCGUCUCCGUGAAGUGCGAAGACGACCCGCCCGAAACGUCGCCGCGGACGAGCGGAGGCCGCCGCGGCCGAGCGCCGACGGACGACCCCGCGGCGCCGCUGCCGCGCGCCGGCGACGUCAAAGAAAUUGGCGGGGCUGACGGCAAACUGACGAAAAGCUCCGAGAAGCGGAUGGCCAAAGAGCGCUUCAGCUGCUCGUUUUGCGGUAAAGGUUACGCUUAUCGCUGCAAGUUGGCUUUGCACAUGAAAGUGCACACGGGAGAGAAACCUUUCACUUGCUCCAUUUGCGCCAAACGCUUCACCCAAAAGGUCAACAUGCUGUCGCACAUGAGGACGCACACGGGGGAGAAACCGUUCAGUUGCUCGGUUUGCAGUAAAACCUUCGCUCACAAGCCAAAUAUGGUCGCCCAUGCCAAAACGCACACGGGAGAAAAACCCUUCGCUUGCUCCGUUUGCGGCAAAACCUUCUUUCAAAAGUCCAACAUGGUGACGCACAUGAAAACGCACUGCGGAGACCGGCCAUUUGCUUGCGCCGUCUGCGGCAAAAGUUAUUCUCAUCAGAACAAUUUGAGCAUUCACAUGAGGACGCACGACGAGGACAAAUCCUUCACGUGCUCCGUUUGCGGCAAGAGAUUCUCCCGGAAGAUCAACCUGCUGACGCACAAGAGAACGCACACGGGAGAGAAGCCGUUUUGCUGCGCUGUUUGCGGUAAGAAGUUCACCCAAAAGACGCACGUGGAAGCGCACAUGCGAACGCACACGGGAGAGAAACCUUUCACCUGCUCGCUGUGCGGCAAAAGUUACGCUUAUCAGAACAAUUUAGACGCGCACGUGCAGACACACAAGGAGGACAAAUCCUUCAACUGUUCCGUGUGCGACAAAGGUUUCUCUCGAAAGGUGUUCAUGGUCACGCACAUGCGCACGCACACGGGCGAGAAACCCUUCGCGUGCGCCGUUUGCGGCAAACGCUUCACUCAAAAGGUGCACAUGAUGUCGCACGCCAGAACGCACGCCGGCGGGAAGACGUCGGCUCGCUCGCUCUGCGGCCAUUUGCGCAACAAGAGAAGCGAGCGGCGAGUGUUCUCCUUCCCGUUCAGCGGCGCCUUGAGAUACGAGCGAGCCGACUUCCGAGCUGUCGUUCCGCUUCGACUUGCGAGCGCGCGACACGAGCGCCGUGUGGCGGGCGCUGAACUCGACUCGCGAGCGGCAGUUUGUCAGCCGGAACUCGGAACUAAGCCAGCCGGUGCUCAAAGUGCUCAAAUCCCCUCAAAAGACGAGACCAAAAUGUCCGAAAAGGAUUUUUUCCCAGCGCGAGAGGACAACGAAGGCUUUUCGUCCGCUCAAAUUGUCGAAGACGUCCAGCAGCUCAUUGGUCGGCGAGGACAAGUCCCGCCCCCUCACGUGAAGGAGGAAAAGGAGGAUGCCCACGUGAAGGACGAAGACGAGGAGGCCGACGUCAGCGAGCUGCCACUGACGGUCGUCUUGGUUGUGAAAGGCGAAGAUGACUCCCACGGAGCGCCCGGCUCGUCGCGGCUCGAUGACAUCGUCACACCUGCGCCAGACGAGUUGUUAGCGCCGCUGUCCGACGGCGACGCCACACGGCAAGCUCGCGACAAAGCGAAGAAGCGCCUCGAAAAGGGGCCGGCCGAGGACGGGCGUGGCCCCGCGGGCAAAGUGCGUUUCGCUUGCUCACUUUGCGGUGAAAGCUACGCGUACAAGUGCAACUUGACGCUCCACAUGAAAACACACACCGGGGAAAAACCCUUCAGUUGCUCCGUGUGCGGCCAAGGAUUCAUCCAGAAGGUGUCUUUGAUCGCUCACACGGCCACGCACACGGGAGAAAAACCCUUCGCCUGCUCCGUGUGCGGCAAAAGCUACUCCUAUAAGAACAAUUUGAACACGCAUGUGCGCACGCACACACAAAAACCUUUCAGCUGCUCAGUGUGUGGGAAAAGAUUCACACAAAAGGUCAACAUGGAAUCGCACGUGCGAAUACACACGGGGGAAAAACCUUUCGGUUGCACGUUUUGCACUAAACGCUUCACUCACAAGCCAAACUUGGUGGCGCACGUGAGGAUCCACACGGGAGAAAAACCUUUCACGUGCUCGCUCUGCGGCGAAGGCUUUGCCCAAAAGGUGGCUUUGAUGGCGCACACGCAAACUCACACGGGAGAAAAACCCUUCAUCUGUGCCGAUUGUGGUAAAACCUUCUACAAAAAUGCCAACUUGGUGUCGCACAUGAAAACACACACGGGUGAAAAACCUUUCACGUGCUCAGUGUGCGGCGAACGUUUUGCCCAGAAAGUCACGCUGGUUGCGCACACGCGGACGCACACGGGAGAAAAACCCUUCGGUUGCUCCUUUUGUGACAAAACCUUCUCUCAAAAGUCGCAUAUGGUGGCCCACGUGAGAAUCCACACGGGGGAAAAACCCUUCAGCUGUUCCAUCUGCGGCGAAGGCUUCGCUCAAAAGGUCUCGUUGAUCGGACACAAAAGAAUCCACACGGGAGAGAAACCCUUUACUUGUCCCGUUUGCGCGAAACGCUUUUCUUACAAGUGCAAUCUGACUGCGCACAUGCAAACGCACCAGGGAGAGUAAAAUCAAAUCAAGUCUGGUCAAUCACAGGUUUUCUGAAUCUCUUCUAGGAACAAUUUGCUGAAUGGGAAAAAAACACUGAGUCAGUCGUCACACUUUGGCAGGUGUGCCUGUAUUAUACUGCCCCCUGUUGGCCAGGGCACAUACACCAGAAAGCGUACAAUCAUGACGUUUGCCUUCGUUCUUACAAGCGUGGCCACAGAACUCGCAAGUCAGUGCACGACUAUUUCCGUUUUGAAUCGAGCUAAAGCGGUACCGGAUCGUAAUCCUGCAUUGUGUGCCGUUCCUCCGUCUUGCUGUAUUUUAGUGAGUGAGUCCAGAUUUUUUGGCAAUGACUGCAUACGUUGUAUCAGUUCACGAACAACAAAGCAAAAAAAAAAAAAAAAAAAAAGACAUUGUGUCUUUGUGGAUCUCGACAAAGCCUAUGACAGAGUACCCAGAGAGGAACUGCAUGCGGAAGUCCGGAGUGGCAGUGAAGUAUGUUUGAAUAAUACAGGACAUGAAAUGAGCUCAUCAGAGGGACGGCCCAAAGGAAAAGAUUGUUUUCACCCUUAAUUUACUGUACUCUAUGCUUUCUAAUGAGUGUACUUGUUUUUGUAUACAUGUUGGAAAUAAAAAUAAAGCAAAAUGACGCGGUGGGAUUGGGCCACGUCACGUGA